CAGACAGACAGGUUGCAAUGGGGAGGAGUCUCACAGUUCUGUUCAGUCCAGGACAGGCUGAAGGACAAACAGACACAAAGGUGCAGAAAGAGAAAGGGACAAAGGAUUGACCAACAAAAUUAAAGGUGAGUUAAACUUUUUGGAUAAAGGACAGUAAGUUUCUAUAGAUUUUAUGGUAUUUGUUUAAUUUUUGCUUCCCAUUUCAGAUCACCAGUAAUAUCAACAGGCCUAUGGCAUGGCUUCUGUCUGUUGUUGUUUUUACUUUACUUUUCUUUUAAUUUAGGUAUUAAAAACCCAACAUUUAUAACAUUUAUUUGACUUAAUUUGAAAAUGACUAGGUUAGACAUUUACUGUCAGUUAACAUGUAUUGUGAGCCAUUCUCAUGGGGUAUCUCAUCUUUGAAGGUUUAUUGAGAGCUUUAGCUUGACCUACUUACUGUAUGUGCCGUUGCUGGGGUAGAGGAGCCAGAAUACAAACCUUUGACAUAGAUAAUGUGUGGGCCUAGACCUGGAUUUUUUCAUCUUGUCUGUAGGGUGUAAUAAAUUACCUACAAAUAUAAUAACACUUUUCUAAAAGGAACAAAUCUACACAUAGCCUACUGUCUCUCUGUCUACACAAACAUAGAAACAAAUGCACAAUUCUAUUCUCUGUCCAUUGGUUUAAAAGUUGUCUGUCUGUAGCCCACAGGAAUGGCGUCUCCUGCAUCGAUGGUGGCCCGCAGGGUAUUAUCUGCUGCAUCACACGCAGGCCAUGAGGGAGGAUCAGGUGUGUGUAGUGUACUGAACUCUUCUCAUAUUGUGUUAUAGUCUCUCUCUGCCCUGCUGCCUACGCAUUUUGUGUUUAGUCAGGCUUCUGGGUUUAACAUUAACAGAGGUUUGUGGAAAGUUGGCAGUCUUCCUCUUACAUUCAUGAAAUGUUUGUGCUCUGCUGUAUUUAGGCCUGUCAGGUGACUUACAAAUGUAUCAUAUUGUAAUUGAGGUGCUUCUGCCCAGCAUGUCAGAGCCUGAGACAAGGAACCAAGGCUGAGUCACUGAAAUCUGGACUGGCUCAUCAGUGUUUUGGAGCUCCUCUGUUACUGAGUUAUGCUGGUGUUCUGGUGUACCCAAGCCUUGAUAACUCAAGGUCAGAUAGAACAGUUGAGUCUGAUCUAUCGGAACUGGUUUGAACUCCACAGCUAGGACCUGGAAGAUCCUGUCAUUUGUGUUGGCCUUACCUGGUGUGGCCGUAUGCAUCGCCAACGCCUACAUGAAGAUGCAGCAGCACUCCCAUGAACCCCCUGAGUUUGUGGCCUACUCACACCUUCGCAUCCGCACCAAGGUAAUACAGGAGGCACUCUCUCAUAACCAACAGACUAUAGCCACAUCCUCAGACUAGCUUCACUCACAGUUAAUCAUCUACAUGUUAGGAUUGGUAGUAGUAGUGGGAUGUCUUUCUGAACAUAGCUCUAGUUUUAUCCAAUCUAUCCUGAAUGAUGAAAACAACUUUCUCUCUGGUUCAGAAAUGGCCCUGGGGUGAUGGCAACCACUCGCUCUUCCACAACCCUCAUGAAAAUGCUCUUCCUGAUGGUUAUGAGGGCCCCCGCCACUAAGGAGACCUCUUGAGUGUCCAUGUUGAUCAUCCACCUUCCCUGAUUGCUACAUGCUGAAUAGCUCUAAUGAACAUGGCAUAAUGCUACUGACCCAGGGGCCAAUUAGCAACACUACUGACUGUGGUGCUCCCAGUCAGAUAUAAAUAAAAAAAUACUUUUCUACUGUAUCACACACA